CAAAAAGGCCCAGCUUCACGAUGUAAGUUCCCAUCGUCAAUAAAUGCUCUCACUUUUUCGCUUAUCACAAAGAGCGCGCGCCAUAUGCUGGAUGCAAUGUGUAAGCUUUUCUCGAAUCCUCAUCUUUUCUUAUUUCUCACUUUUCCACGUAUGAGCAAAAGGACGCCGUUCCUCCUGUUGACUCUGUAGUAGCACCGCGUUACAGGUCUCCGAGCCCAGAGUCAUCUUCAAAUUCAGAGAGCUCUAGAAACUUUCGUCCUGAAGGAAGUCGGUCCGUUAAGGCUCAGGAAGAUGUGGUUGCAGAGAGGAGGCCUGUUCUAGGAAAGAGCCAUUGGGCGAAUCUCGCUUCUGCCCAUGCACACCAGCGAUCUCUAUCCACUACGAAGCCGCCAAGCGAUCUUUCUUCAGCUACCGCAUCUGCGGCGACCCCGAACGCAGGAUACGAGUCGGGGGAUGAUCUUUCGGUCGACUCGACGGCCUUAAUGACCAGACAACGACGACAGCAGCGGCGACGUUCUUCUGUGCAACAUUCGAUGGGCAGGGAGCGACGCCGUUCUUCAGUCCAGCAUUCGAUGGAGAGGGAGCGACGGCAUUCUUUGAGUACACAGCAUGCCCUGCAGAAGCGAAGCCAGUCGGCGUCUCAAUCCAGGAUGCCGCUUCAGCACCAACAACAGUUACAGCAGCAACAACGGCAGCACAGUCUAGUCCCGGAAGAUUUUUCGGUGCAUUUCACAGCGCUGAGUCUUGUGUUGCGGACGUGGUUCUGUCUGUCGAUUUGUAACCCGGUGAUGGUCCGACCGUUGGUCCUGUAUCCAGUUUUAGUGUUGACGGUGGUAUGGGAUCGGUAUGUGCUCACGUUAAUCGUGGAUAGGUUCAGAUUCAAGUCUAGAGCCGCAUCGUUAUCGCGCAGUAGCUCGGCAGUGGCGACGGUAGCAGGACGAGUUGGACGAAGAGGAGCAGGAAGACGAAGAGAUGGUGAGAGCAGGGACGAACAUAGUCAGGAGGACAGUGGCGAUCAAGGCUCAGGAACGGACUUGAACUCGGAUGAUCGUGGUGUUGAGGAGAACAACAAUGACGGUCAGACCAGCGGUGUGCUCGCUAAAGCACGACGAUCGCACGAGUCGCCCGAGCAUCGAGACUAUGGUAAUCGACUUCAUGAGCAAAGCGGUGGUCAGGCUGUUCCCAUUUGGCAGGCCCUGGCGAGCGGAGUUGCUCUGCAGUUGGUGUGGAUCGGAGUCAUCUGGCUUUUUAGUCGCGAUGGUCUUUGCGUCGCGUAAACCGAGGGCUAGAAGUAGAACACUUUUUUUUUUCGGAACAAAUGAAAAACUCUAUCUUGAGC